AUGAAGCACAGGCAGUGGUUGCUGAUACUUAAGAAUGGACCAGGCCUUUGGUGCAGGAAGAACCAGCCUUCAGCACAGAACCCCCCAAACCCCAAACUGGUGAAGAAGGAAAGAGAGGGCAAGGGCUCCUUCUCUGCUGCCCCAGAGGACAUCAUUCACACCGUCGGCCCGAUCGCCCAAGGGGAACCCAGCGCUGCCCAAGAAGCCGAACUCAGCAGCUGUUACACGAACAGCCUGAAGCUUGCGGUGGAGAACAAGCUACGGACAGUGGCCUUCCCCUGCAUUUCCACGGGUGUGUUCGGCUACCCCAACGAGGCCGCUGCCGAGGUUGUGCUGCACACGCUCCAUAACUGGCUCGAGGACAACAAGGAGAAGGUCGACCGAAUUAUCAUCUGUGUCUUCUUAGAGACAGACGAGAUGAUCUACAAGGAGAAGCUGCCUCGUUUCUUCCCCGUCGAUGCACUCGGAGGCCCCCACUCGCAGCUCUGAGCCUUCCUUCGCUCUGGGCCACUGGCACAAGAUAUCUCACGCUUGGGAAGGCGGGGGGGGACGAAACAGACCCUGCUUUUGGAAUAAAUUCUGAA